CGCCGCGGUAAAGCUCGACGAGAUACUCUACCGCACCAUACAGCCAGCUGGGUGACGGAUUUUUCGCUCGCCGCUCGCCGCCGUGUUCAAACCCGUCAAGAUACCCUUCCGCGCGACGUAGCCAACCGCAAUCAUGCCUCAGAAUGAGUAUAUGGAGCGCUUCCAGAAGCAGCAUGGAAGACGUCUCGACUACGAGGAACGGAAACGGAAGCGCGAGGCCAGAGAAGGGCACAAUGCAUCGUUCAAGGCGCAAAACCUGCGCGGUCUGAGGGCCAAGCAGUACGCUGAGAAGCGCCACAAGGAGAAGAUUGCUAUGAAGAAGCAGAUCCGCGCGAAGGAAGAGAAGAACGUCAAGAGCUCCGACGCCGCCGAACCGUCCAAGGAGGCCCUGCCGCAGUACCUGCUCGACCGCUCCAACACCAACAACGCGAAAGCUCUCUCAUCUGCUAUCAAGAACAAGAGGAAUGAGAAGGCAGCGAAGUUUAGUGUCCCGUUGCCGAAGGUGCGCGGCAUUUCUGAAGAGGAAAUGUUUUCCGUCGUCAAGACAGGAAAGAAGACAGCGAAGAAGGGCUGGAAGCGUAUGAUCACGAAACCGACCUUCGUCGGACCCGACUUUACUCGUAGGCCCGUGAAAUACGAACGUUUCAUCCGUCCGAUGGGUCUGCGUUACAAGAAGGCGAACGUAACCCACCCUGAAUUGGGUGUCACUGUCCAACUGCCCAUCAUCUCGGUAAAGAAGAACCCGCAGCAACCUCUGUACACCCAGCUAGGUGUUCUCACGAAAGGUACCGUGAUAGAGGUGAAUAUCAGCGAACUUGGACUCGUAACUGCUGGCGGAAAAGUUGCCUGGGGUCGUUACGCACAGGUUACCAACAACCCGGAGAACGACGGAUGCCUUAACGCUGUCCUCCUCGUUUGAUUUCGUGGCUCGGUUUGCAUUGCAUGGGCGUUCAGGCGAUAGGGGAUCGGAAUACGUUUGCUUCGAAGAAAGAGCCUACCAGAAUGGCACCUAGCGGGUGCAAGAGGAAAGACGGCAGUCAAAAAUACACAUUUUCCAGGCGUGGUGUUGAAGAGCGAUCCUGUGGUAUGGUCCGUGCAAAGCAGAAAACUAAAAUCAAGGCUACAGGCCAUCACAGUAGCAUAGGUAUCUACAAAGCUUUCAGGACCAA